AUGGCGGAUCCCACUGAGAUGUUUUCACUUUCAACCUUCCACUCCCUCUCGCCUCCAGGCUGCAGACCUGCACAUGAUAUCAGUCUGGAGGAGUUUGAUGAUGAAGAUUUGUCUGAGAUUACUGACGAUUGUGGAAUCGGCCUGAAUUAUGACUCUGAUCCUUACGAGAAGAUAUCUCUGAUCCUCCACACUGCUAAGAUUUUGCAUCCCGUCUGCUCCUUCCAGGAUGAUCUACAAGAAUUUGAAAUGAUUGAUGAUACUGAUGACAUGGAAGAACGAGAGUUGCUGCCCUCACCCUCUGCAACGACUGCCCAGCAGACACGACCUACCACCUUAAACAUUGCCACUCCCAUCUCCCACUCACAGGAUUCUGUCAAUAACAAUGCCAGUUUCUCUCCAAGGAAAGCUAGCUGGCAGGAGACACUGCUUCAUUCCUCUAGUGGGUCUUUUGGUUUUCAUAGAAAGUCACCAAACCCCUUCGCAGAGAUGGAACCAGGUCAUGAUGGCAAUGUGCAUCCAACUCCUGCAGCAGACGAUAUCACAUUAGCAAGCUCAGACACCGAGCUGGAACAGGAUCUGACUAACAGCAGCUCCAAGGGUCAUUUUUGCUCUGGUAAUAGAUGCAGUGAAACAUACACUUUAGCCUCUGAAUUAGGGGUGAACAUUGAUGUUGAAACUGAUCACUCUUUUGCUGCCACUGGUAAAUGUCUAUCAUCUUCCAAUCUCAGUAAUGGUUCCUGCACUCCUGUGUCUGAUGUAGAACUGGAACAAGAAUUUGGCAUUGAGAUUGCAAGUAAACCCCAUAGAACACACUUGGAACAAACAACUUCUGUGAACCAUCUUCUCGAGGGAGCUGAUUUGAAGUCCACUACCACCACUGCAAUGGGUUCUUCUGAUCCUAAUGUGACCUCAGAGUUAGACUCUGAUCACACUGCAUGUGUCACAACUAGUGACCAGGCACAACCGUCUGGCUCCAAUAGUGACACAGCUUCUCCUUCUUCUGAUCCAGGUAUAGUGGCAGAUCUCACCACAAAAAGCAGCAAAAACUUCAUACAGUCAUACCAAAGUGAGGAUGGUGGUUCCUCUGGUUCAGACUCAGAACUGGAGGAGCUGGAAGAAAGACUUACUUGUGACAACAGUGCUGCAUGCAACAUGAUUUCCUCUAUCUCUGAGACAGAGUUAGAUCUUACCAGCGAGAGCAGCAGUGGAAGGUCAUCACACUUAACCAACUCGAUCGAGGAAGCAAGUUCACCCAACUCUGAUCCUGAAAUUGACUGGGAGAGUGAAAUCAGUACAACAAAUGUAAAAGACCGAUUGUACUCAAUCAAGAUGGCAAAUAGUCCCACCAUCAAUUCUUUGGAACCAUCUGUCGAAUGGGACCUUGAGAGUGGAUAUACUAGGAGAUUCAUUAGUGCUGUGGACCAAAACAAUUCAGAUACUUCCACAGAAAUCCUGGAGUCAGAACAAAUAACUGAUCCAAUUACUGAUAUUACUGAUAGAUCAUUGCAAAAUCCUGAGGAAAUGCAAGAUGAGGAUACUUCAGCACAAGCUUCAAAGUUCAGAGUGGGCAGUCAGAAUGAAGAUACCACCAGGCCAACAUAUCUAGACAUUGUUCCAAAUCAAGGAAUAAGUCAAGUUCCAGCCCCUAAGUCACAAACAUUAGAGAAUGUUGAAGAGAAUAGUGACGAUGAACUGAGUAAUGAUUCUGACUCUUCAUGUUCUGAUCAUGAUUCAGAUCCUGACCUAAGUGAAAGUUCUGACUCUCCUUGGCUCCUCAGUAACAUGGUCAACACAAUGAUCUCACAAAGUUCGCACACUAUCAAAGAUGAGUACUGGUUGCAGACAAACUCUUUCAGUGAGACCACUUCCUCAUGCUCUGACAUUGAGAUCGAACCUGUCAAUAAUAGUGGUCUAUUGCUCACUUCAGACUAUCAGGUCAACUUGGAUGAGGAAGCCUGUGAAGGAGCAGGUGUAAAAUCAAUCAUAGUGAAUAGUAGCAAUGACUUUGGUGACUCUUUGUGUUCUGAAGAUAAAGAGAAAGAGACUGAAAUGGAGGAACUGGAAUUGGAACCAAUUCUUGCCAACAAACCACCCACACUCUACAUGGCUUUGAGUAGUCCACCUUAUGAUAGAGCAUCAGCUGAAGAUAACUGUAGUGUAAUACUCACUCCAACAAAAGUUGACUCCAGUGAAACAGAAACAGGCAUCAAUGUUGAUUUAAAGAACCCUUGCACAAAUGAAUGUGACCACACAGGAGCUUCACGGGCUACAGCAACAAGCUCCACUCUUAGCUUCAAAUAUGAAGAGUCAGUUGAUUCACUUCAAGGGGAGAAGCCAAAUCAGGAUGUCAAAACUCCAAGUUUCAGCAAAGAGCUAGAAGCUGCAAUUACUCCAGAAGAUAAGUUGACUGAACUUAGUCAAUAUUCAAGACCAUCAACUUUGGAGGUGCAGAUGAAAUCUAUGCCAGUAAACAAAGAAACUGACUCUACCAGUAAAUGCCCAAGUCCAUUUUCUCUAUAUAAUGGAAACCCCAAAAUACCUAUAUCAUUUAGUGACCCAUCAAAUGGACCUUUCAGCCUGAAGGAACUGUCCCCAUUACACAGGACAGCCAGCACACAGUUAGACCAGUCACUGGCUUAUGAUUCUAUUAAGUAUACACUGGUGGUAGAUGAGAACACUACUUUGGACCUUGUUAGUUUGAAGCGCUGCACAUCUAUUUUGAGUGAUGACAGUGAGGUCUCAACAUUGUGUGACAACUGUGAGCUGGAGAUGGACAAUGAGUUUGGUGACUGUACACAGGGACAGGAUGUUGAGAACUCAUCGGAGGAUUCAUCGCCUGAAGCUGAUACACAGUUUUCUAAGAAAUUCCUCAAUGUUUUUGUCAACAGCACUUCUCGAUCUUCGAGUACCGAGUCUUUUGGCCUUUACUCAUGCACAAUAAAUGGUGAGGAACGGGAUCAGACUCAUCGAGCGGUGUUCCGGUUUAUACCACGACACCAGGAUGAGUUGGAGUUGGAUGUUGAUGACCCAUUAUAUGUUGAAGAAGAGGAGGAUGACUAUUGGUACAGAGGCUACAACAUGAGAACAGGGGAACGUGGAAUCUUCCCAGCAUACUAUGCACAUGAAGUAGUCAACCAGGCCAAGGAAUUUAUGGGGAUAAAGAAGAGCAGUAUCUGGGUGGAGAAGUUCAAUGUGCAAUUCCUGGGAUCUGUGGAAGUGCCCUAUCACCAGGGUAAUGAUAUCCUGUGUGCUGCAAUGCAGAAGAUUGCUACCACUAGAAAGUUGACAGUUCACUUGCGCCCUCCUGCAAGUUGUGAUUUAGAGGUCAGCAUUCAAGGAGUUAAGUUAGCUAUGAGUUUGAACGAGUAUGGAUUGGAGGACAAGAGUGAAAGAUGCAGCCAUUUUUUCCAAAUGAAGAACAUUUCAUUCUGUGGAUGCCAUCCGAAAAACAGCUGCUACUUUGGAUUCAUCACCAAGCACCCAGUAGUCAAUCGCUUUGCUUGCCAUGUGUUUGUAUCCGAGGAGAGCAUGCGCCGUGUCGCUGAGUGUAUUGGCCAAGCUUUUCAGGAAUACUAUCAGGAACAUCUGGAGUAUGCUUGUCCAACGGAAGACAUUUACCUGGAGUAA